UGUUUCAUACGCGCUGCUAGUGGAUCAAUAAUACUUGCCGAACGGAGAAGUGCCUUCCACGUUGUUUGUAUUUUCAGUGGAAAGCAUUAGAAAUCUGUUCGUUUCUAUGACCAACGUGGUUCCGACUGGCAUGGCGGGCGCCAGGACAUUCACGUGCGAGCUCGACGCCAGUUCGAAAUGCCCAGAGAGCGUCAAGUGCCUGCGUGCGGACCUCUGCACGGCGGAAGACGCAUACGAGUGGAUCUCCAGCUACAGUCAGACUACCAAUACGACAUGGAUUGUCGACUGGGAAGUCCGAAAUCCAAAGAGACCCCACAGUCAUUCAUGACCGACAAUCAGCGGCAGAAAAAGCAGCUCUGAAAGCAAUGUGGCCUGAAGCAAGUCAACUUCUCUGCCAUUUCCACGUGGCCCAGGUGGAAUGGCGGUGGCUGCAUGCAUCAAGCAGCAGCAUCAGUCGUGACGAGAGGUGGGAACUAAUGACUGCAUUCCAGAAGAUGAUGUAUGCGUCAUCAGCAGAAGACUUAGGUGCGGCCACCGAAGAAUUGCUCCAGAAGCCUCACCGUGCAUAUGUGGCACGGGUAAAUGCAUUCCUUGAACGGAAGGAAGAGUGGGUGCUCUUUUUUAGGUUGGGCCUUAUAACGAGAGGCCACAACACAAACAAUUAUGCUGAAGCCACUAUUCGUGUAAUGAAGGAUGUGGUUCUUGGCAGGCAAAAAGCAUAUAAUGUAGUUGCCCUUGUGGACCUCGUGGCAACAGUCUGGGAGGACUACUUUUCGAGAAGACUGCUUAGCAAUGCAUACAGCCGUGUGCCAGUUUCCCAAAUCUUUCACGACAAGCUUGUGCACAGGAUGCCCGAAAGUGUUGCACAGUCGGUUUGUGCUCUUGGUGAUAGCAUGUACCAGGUGCCCAGUGGGCAGGAAGACGGUAAAAUUUAUCACGUUUGGCAAGACGUCGGCACUUGCACUUGUAGAAAUGGCCAACAAGGGGCAUUCUGCAAGCAUCAAGCACUGGUUCAUCACAUGUAUGGAGGAGCAUUUCCAAAUGCCCCAAUACUGAAACCCGAUGACCGGCACAAGUUAGGUGUCCUUGCCCUGGGUGACAAGUGCCCCGACAAAAGUUUCUUUGGAAGCUUCCGUGAGGUGCUGCCAGAGCUCCCGUCCACCAGCACUGCUUGGAAAGCACACAGCCAGCAUGCACCUGAGCCUCAGCACGAGCCAAUAGAGCUUGACCAACAUCACUUGGAGUGUUCAAAUUCCAACGAACAACGUCGCGAGGAUGCUGCCGAGGUGCUGAAACAAAUCCAUGAGGAGGAGUGGCGCUACUACUCCUUGGCUGCUGACGACCCUUAUUAUCUUACUGUACUUCAACAGGUACUGGCAGAAAUGAAGAAAGUGCACAAGGAGCCUCAAGUGAUUGCCUCUUAUCUUGCCCAGAAGGCUGCUUUUGCAAGUGCCAGAAGGCGUGGCCGCACCAUCAAAGUUCAGCCGACUGGAAUAGCUAGACGUCGGCCGGGUGUGGGCAGAGGCUCAGGCAGAGUGCAAGAAGGUCGUCCCUCCAAACAUCAAGGGUGCAAAAAAACUAAGCGUCCACAUGCCCUACACUUAAGCGUGAAGAGUGGUGUGCCUCAUGCGAAGUCCCAUGGAACUGGGCACUGAGCACCAGAGUAGGCAGCAUUCAUGAACGUUUGAACAUUCGGCACCCAGGGCCUGUGGAGGGCCAACUCUACUCUUGCUGUGCUGCAGCCAUACCAAGAAGUGUUAGUCGUGCAACAGCAUAUUGCAUUGUCGUUUAACUUGAAUUGUCACUUUGGUUAAGGAUACUGAGCCAUGUUUCAUGAAUAGUAAAAUCAUCAUCAGCCUAUAUUUAUGUCCACUGCAGGACGAAGGCCUCUCCCUGCGAUCUCCAAUCACCCCUGUCUUGCACUAGCUGAUUCCAACUUGCGCCUGCGAAUUUCCUAACUUCAUCACUCCACUUAGUUUUCUGCCGUCCUCGACUGCGUUUCCCUUCUCUUGGUAUCUAUUCUGCAACUCUAAUGGUCCACCGGUUAUCCAUCCUAAGCAUUACAUGGCCUGCCCAGCUCCACUUUUUCCACCUAAUGUCAACUAGAAUAUCAGCAAUCCCCUUUUGUUCUGCGCAGUGUGGAAUAAAUAUACUGAACUAGGGCCUGUUGCAUAGUUAGUGCCAGACGUAAGGUAGUUGACCAACUUAUCAUUUUUCUUGAUAGUGCUUUCUGGCGGACAGGCCACUUUGUGCCGACUAUGAACUCUCACUUUAAUUUGACAAAACUGGCUCUGCUUAGAUAGCCAUGAAAUAUCCCAAGGUGCUGUCAAAACAAUUUGUGCAUAUGGUUCCUGUUUUGGCUUGUGGAGGAGGUAUGCAACAUCUUUCAAAAAUGGGAUGUAGCUCAAAGUCAAAUGUGCUGAACAAGUCAUGAUUUAUUGUCAGUGCUCUGUCUGCCUCCAUGGCAACCCUUGCAUUGCCUACAAUCACAGACCCUCGUCCUGAUGUCAUUCCUUUGAAUUCCACUUGAGUAGGGAUUGUGAGGGGAGUUCACCAGAGAACCAACCAGCGUUAUAAGUGACGAAUACUGUUUACAAUGGUGUAACGCUGGUUGGUCACCGCGAUCCAUGGGGCCUCAAAAAGGUUACAUUUGAGAUGGAGCACACACUGGCCUGAUGCACACUUACUCUCAGAUGUCUGUUUACUAUGUCAAAGGAAUUGUUGGUUUUUGAAAGGUUAUCAUCGGUCACUUUCAUGUUACUUGAAGCAAUAAACCAGGGUGGAAGUGGUGUGAAUUCUGUAUAUUUAGGGGCGCUCUUGCUUGGUAGGGCAGAUGAAGCCUCAUGCUAUUGUUACUGACUUGAGAAGUGUCUAUGAGAGCAAUAAAUAAAUGAAAAAUUUC